UAGGAAUUGACUGAGAGUAGGGAGACGGUUACGGUGCUUUCAAAGGGUUUGCUUUGCUUGCGGAUGAAGAAUCGGGUUCACCAGUAUCGUCCCCUUCCUUUCUCAUUCAUCAAACCCUAAUAUUUCAUUCUAUAAACCCUCUCCUUGUUCUCACUAAUCUCCAUCUCAAAAACUCUAUAUCGAUCGUAAACUACUCAGACUCAGUUUUUUUAAAAAUCAGAUUGCUUAGCGUCUUGAAUGGUAGAAACAACUCCGACUACCAGAGAUUUUAUGCUCUCCCAUUGCACAAACGCUAGGGCGAGCUUUCUCCUCCCUGUCUCCACCCCAUCUUCUUUCACAUUUGUCUCUUUCAAAAAAUCUUGGUACUUACGUUGCAUGGGCGUCCACCCUUGAAUAAAAAAAAAAAGGCCUUCAUCAGAGUUUCUGAUUCCUUUUGCUGGUAUAAUUGUAAAGAUGGUGUACAACAAGCAGAUGAAAAACUCUAAAUCGAAGAUAAACAGGUUCCUCGUUAGCAUCAGUUUCGUAGGAAGUGCUGGACCGAUUCGUUUUGUUGUCAAAGAAGAUGAAACUGUAUCAAAUGUGAUUGAGUAUGCUCUGAAAUGCUACGCCCGUGAAGGCAGGCUUCCCCUUCUCGGAUCAGAUUCCAGCUUUUUCAUUCUUUACUGUCCUUAUUGUGCCGCUGAAGCAUUCGAUCCGUGGGGGAAAAUCGGGUCAACCGGAUCGAGGAACUUCGUUUUGUCGAAGAAGUCAGAAGCUCAAAGCCUUGGAGACUCUGUGGGGACAACAACAAUGAGGAAGAUCUCUGGGAGGUGGAAGGCUUGGCUCAACAAGUCUCUAGGCCUUGUGGAUCAUUCUCACUAAUUAGAUUAUGCUUUUUGAAUUUUAUUUUUUACAGUUUUGUUUUUGGUUCUUGUUUUCACUGGAAUAGCCGUCACAACACUCGUGGUUUCUUUUUUUGCCAUAAAAUUAAUGAAUUGAGACUUGAUAGAG